ACAACCGGUGUGUGAGGUUUUGUUCUAUAAAUGCACAAAACAUGUCGUUACCCAACCGGCUCUACAGAUAUUUUGCGUCCACCGCAGCUCCGGCGAGAAAAGCUAGGACCGCUCUGAAAGGUGUCGUUGGGCUCGAGGUUCACGCUCAACUAGAAACGCAAUCCAAACUGUUUUCUGGUGCUCGGGCCGAGUUUGGUGCAGCAGUCAAUACGUGUGUUUCGCUAUUUGACGCUUCGAUUCCAGGCACAUUGCCGGUUUUAAACAGAAGCGCGGUGGAGUUAGGCAUAAAAACAGCACUGGCUCUCGGAUGUGAAGUGAACGCGAUGUCGAUGUUUGAUCGCAAACAUUAUUUCUACGCAGAUCUUCCUGCGGGCUAUCAGAUAACCCAGCAGCACGCUCCUCUUGCCACGCGUGGAUUCCUUUCUUUCCCAGUGCUUAUUCCUGGAAAAUCAAAGGCGCCAUACUACAAAACGGCUAGCAUUCAUCAGCUGCAGUUAGAACAAGAUAGUGGAAAGUCUCUGCAUGAUCCUGUAGAGCGAAAAAGUCUGGUAGAUUUGAAUCGUGCGGGUAUGCCACUGAUAGAGAUAGUGUUCGAACCAGAUUUGGAGACAGGAGAAGAGGCCGCGUCACUGGUAAAAGAGUUGAUUUUGAUUUUGAUGCGCUUGAAGAGCUGCUCUUGUAAAAUGGAAGAGGGUGCGUUGAGAGUAGACGCAAACAUAUCUGUCCACGAGCACAACACUCCACUCGGAACGAGAACGGAAGUGAAAAACAUUGGCUCAGUGCGUGCCGUAGCACAAGCCGUUGACUACGAGAUAAACCGUCAAAUGGACAUACUAGCCGUUGGUGGAAUAAUUCAUAACGAAACUCGCUCAUGGGAUGCAGCCGGACGAGUGACAGUACCAAUGCGAGAUAAAGAAGUGGUGCAGGAUUAUCGUUUUAUGCCGGAGCCUAACCUUCCUCCCUUACAUCUUAAAGUAAAUAAUGAACAAACCGAUGCUACCGACGAAGAUGGGUUGAUAGACGUUCAAAAAAUAAAACAAUCCCUCCCAGAACUACCAGAAGAGACCCGACAAAGGAUUAUGGCAACAUACGGAGUUUCGCCGACUAUCGCCAUGAUUCUUGUUAACGAUGUUACGUUGCAUGAUCACUUCCACAGCAUUGUUGAAGAAGAGCACCAAAAUCGUCCCCCGAAAUUGGUGGCAAAUUUUCUCAUUAACGAAUUCUUAACCAUUUUGCAUCGGAAUAAAAUGGAACCGACAGAAUGCAGCAUUCGAUCAACCCAACUCGCUAAGAUUGUUGAUAUGAUUCAGCAAAACCAACUUAAUGCUCAUUAUGCACGACUCGUUCUCCACGAACUAUUAAACACUGAGGGUAGCCAAGAUUUACAGACAUGUCCAAUCGAGAUAGUCUCGUCGAAUAACUGGUUUCUAAUUACGGACGAGUCUCAAAUCGAUCAGCACUGUCAGCAGGUGAUCGACAUGAAUCCUAAAUUGGUAAAACAAUAUCGUAGCGGGAAGGAGAAAAUGCUUUACGCACUGGCCGGAGAGGUAGCUAAAACGAGUGAACAGAAGGUUGAUAUGGUAAAGGCUGUGGAAUUUUUGAAGAAAAUGUUAAAAUAA